GAGCAGGUGCUGAACCGGUGGCGCCAUUUGAAGGACGCGCUCAUCGAGAAGAGGUCCAAAUUAGGCGAAUCGCAGACUUUGCAGCAGUUCUCGAGGGAUGCGGACGAAGUGGAGAACUGGAUCGCCGAGAAGCUCCAGAUGGCGAUGGAUGAGAGCUAUAAGGAUCCCGCGAACAUACAGUCCAAGCACCAGAAGCAUCAGGGUAUGUGGCACUCCAUUGUGUGGGUUAUGAUUGUCCAGAGGCUCACCUCAAUCGCCGAGCAGUGGACACACCUCUCGCAGAAGACGACCGAAAAGUCGCUGAAACUAAAGGAGGCGAACAAACAGCGGACGUUCAACGCGGCCGUCAAAGACAUCGACUUCUGGUUAGGAGAAGUGGAAGGACUGCUCAAGAGUGAGGACUCCGGCAAAGACUUGGCGUCCGUUCAGAAUCUGAUUAAAAAACAUCAGUUGGUUGAGGCGGACAUCCAGGCCCACGAGGACCGCAUACGCGACAUGAAUGGGUUGGCCGACAGUCUUAUAGAGUCGGGUCAGUUCGAUACGGCCACCAUUCAGGAGAAGCGCUCGUCUAUUAACGAACGGUACGAGCGGGUGAAGACACUGGCGACCUACCGGCGCACUCGACUGAACGAAGCGAAUACUCUGCACCAGUUCUUCAGAGACAUCGCGGACGAGGAGUCGUGGAUCAAAGAGAAGAAGCUGUUGGUCAACAGCGACGACUACGGACGCGAUCUGACGGGUGUACAGAAUUUGCGCAAAAAACACAAACGCCUGGAGGCGGAGCUCCAGUCGCACGAGCCGUCCAUUCAGGCCGUACAGGACGCCGGCCAGCAGCUGAUGGUUGAGAGCAAUCUGGGAGUGCCGGAGAUCGAGCAGCGGCUACAGGCGCUCGAGCAGAACUGGCACGACCUGAAACGCAUGGCGCAGCUCAGGGGCAAUAAAUUGGAGGAGUCGCUGGUCUUCCAGCAGUUUUUGGCUAAAGUGGAGGAAGAGGAGGCUUGGAUUUCGGAGAAGCAUCAGCUCCUGUCCAUCGAGGACUACGGCGACACUAUGGCCGCCGUUCAGGGUUUGUUGAAAAAACAUGACGCCUUCGAAGCGGACUUCGCUGUACACCGGGAGAGGUGUGCGGACAUCAUAAACGCGGGCCAACAGCUCGUCCAGGAGGGGAACCACCACUCGGACGGCAUUCAACAGCGUCUGCAGCAACUGUCCACCCGUUUAGACGCGUUAGACGGCAGCGCCCGGCGCCGUAAGGGUAAGCUGUUGGACAACUCGGCGUACCUGCAGUUCAUGUGGAAGGCCGAUGUGGUCGAGUCGUGGAUCGCCGACAAGGAGGUACAGGUGCGCAGCGAUGACUACGGCCGCGACCUCUCAUCCGUGUCCACUCUGCUCACGAUUGUCGCCCAUCGCCAGCACCGACUGAAUGCGAUCCUUAUUGGCCGCCAAUUCCGCCUCAAAUGCUAUUCACACACAUAA